UUAAUUUCAGCAUUUAUGGGGCCAAAUUAAAACUCUUCACUGAAAGGACAGAGAACACAGUCAAGAUGUCAGAUGUUGGUCCAGAUGUUGAUUUGAGCUACCUACACAACUGGGAGGAGGAGCUGGAGAAGUGGCAAGAUUUUCUACAGGACUGCCAAAGCACCAACCUCAGCCUUCAGUGCCUUCACAGCAAUCACUCAAAGGAAUUCAUAAUUAACUUCAUACUCAAGGAUGAGGAGGAGGAGGAGGAGGAGGAAGAGGGGGAGAAGGGGAACAAGGAGGAGAGGAAGAAGGAAAAGGAGAGAUGUUUCAACAGGCCCUCUGACAGAUAUCAGGACUACAAACCGAAGGAAUAUAAAGCUUACUGCAAUGCAGUGUGCAGUCGCUGGCACCAUGCACCUAAGGAAUAUGGAAUUUACAGCAGUUUACUGAGCAGUCUCUGGGAGAAGUUAACGAAGGAGAAUGAGAAGAAGAAGAAGAAUGAGGAGAAGAAGAAGGAGGAGGAGAGAGAUUCCGUCAGACUGUCUAACAGAUACCAAAAGUAUCACCAAGAAAACAACUAUGAAGCCUACUGCAUUGCAUGGAACAAACUCAGAGACCCUGAUGAUCCCAUGGAAGAGAUGUUAAAGUCUUUGAGCGGCACAAAAGAAAGCACAUCCAAAAAGAACACACUUAAAAAGAGGGUGAAAGAGUUCUUCAGGAAACGUCAUCACUAGAAAGUGACUCUUCCAUAAGAGAACAGAAAAUUACACCAGAGAGAAGGAAAUGCCUUUUGUCUGUUUUUACCAAGAUGUUUGAAAUCCAUAUUCUUUUAUUCUCAUGUAUACUUGUUCAUUUAUACUUUUCUUUGUUUUUACUGAGAUGUUUGUAAUCCAUAUUCUUUUAUCCUCAUGUAUACUUGUUUAUUAACCUAUUUAGAUAAAUAAAAAAUGUGUUGUGUUUCAUUUGUACUUUAAGAUAUCAGAAAAUAACAUACAGGUUUCUUUAUUUUUAACGAAAUGUUUGUUAUCCCUUUUCUUUUACUUCAUUUAUAAUAAACCUGUAUAGUGUGUUUUA